UAUUUGUCGGACGUAUUAAUUGUAAGAAUUGGCAAACAUUUCAAUCACUUUUUAUUAUACGAAACGAUCCCUAAAAAGACAAUUCUGUCGCAUAUUUUGCCGCUAUUUAUAUCAUCCAUUGUUUACGACACUCUUCGGGACCAAUUGGUGAUCAUGUCUGGCAUUUCUAUAGCACGACUCGCGGAGGAACGGAAGGCGUGGCGAAAGAAUCACCCGUUUACUCCAUGGGAAGGCGGACUCUUUAAGCUCCGGAUGCUAUUUAAGGACGACUACCCGUCGACUCCGCCGAAGUGUAAGUUCGAACCGCCGCUCUUCCACCCAAACGUCUACCCCUCGGGAACCGUCUGUCUAUCACUGCUGGACGAGGAUAAGGAUUGGCGUCCGGCCAUCACUAUUAAACAGAUCUUAGUCGGCAUUCAAGAUCUGCUGAAUGAGCCCAACAUCAAAGACCCGGCACAGGCCGAGGCCUACACCAUCUACUGUCAAAACCGUUUGGAGUACGAGAAGCGUGUGAAGGCUCAGGCGAAGUCUAUGACUCCCAGCGAGUGAUCACUGAAUGGUCACCAAUUAUUCGCAUUAAUCUGUUUUCUAUUUUUGCAAAAUAUAUUUUUGAUUUUUUUUCUCUCACUUAUAAGUCAUUUCAUACUUAUUGUCUAUUUUCUUAAGAUUGGCAAUAGUUUCAGUUAAUUGUCUAAAAAUAAUAGUAAAUCACUUUUUCAUCACAGCUUUUCUUAUAUUUCCAAUUUGUUGUCACUCUUU